AUGACGACUCCCGCAGGUUUCAAGUUUAACGCCCAAACCCCGGAUGGUUCCAACGGUGGCGUCUCCGAGGCUACCGUUCCAAGAACUCUGUUUAACUCUGCAUCCCCCAGCGUCGAAACUGGACCGAUCAUCCGAUAUUGGACCCAGGUCGCCGCCGGCCGGCUGAGCUUCGACAUCGUCUCGGGUUUUACGACGAACCUAUUUGCUCAACUCUCAUCUGUCUGA